UGGCGCCAUCCUCACUCGGCGUGUGGCGGAGAGAUCACUUGAAUGACAUUUGUUCUCCGCGAGUGCGGCAUUCCUGCUGGUGUUAGCGUCGAGUCCUCACUCAAAUUUGCCCCCGCUGUGUUUUGAAGUCUCAUAGACAAUAUGAUUUCACCAAUUCCACCUCUUAAAGAUCUCAUGGAGGCAGCUGUCGCUGCUUUCCGCGAACAAUUCGGCGAUGCACCCAACAUUGCAGCCUGUGCUCCCGGGCGAGUCAAUCUCAUCGGCGAACACACAGACUACAACGAGGGGUUCGUGUUUCCCAUGGCAUUACCUCUGGUCACUAUUCUUGUUGGUCGAGAGAGAGAUGGGGACAUUUGUCGCAUUUUCACCCUAGCAGAAGGCCCCAAUGAACCAAAAUUGGUUGAGUUUCUAGUCCCCAAGAUCCAAAAGCUGGAACCAGGUUCUCCCAAAUGGGCAAACUACAUAAAAGGCGUGGUGGCAAAGUUUCCAGGUGAAGUUCCUGCCUUUGAUGCAGUGGUAGUGACCUCUGUUCCACUUGGUGGGGGUGUUUCCAGUUCAGCCUCUCUUGAAGUGGCAACCUUCACUUUCUUGGAACAGCUUGUGCCUAAUCUUCGAGUGGAGCAGCUGAACAAGGCUUUAGUAUGCCAGAAAGCAGAGCAUGACUUUGCUGGCAUGCCUUGUGGUAUUAUGGACCAGUUCAUUUCAGUUAUGGGCAAAACAGAUCAUGCCCUUUUGAUUGAUUGCAGGUCGUGUGAAGGUCGCCUGGUUCCGAUGAAGGAUGCUGGUGUUGUGGUUCUGGUGACCAAUUCCAAUGUGAAGCAUGAACUAACUGGUUCUGAGUACCCAAUGCGCCGACGUCAGUGUGAGACGGCAGCAGCAACCCUUGGCAAGAAAAGUUUACGUGAAGCCUCCUCGGCUGAUCUUGAAGCUAACAAAGAUAAACUGGAUAGUGAAACAUAUCGCCGUGCUCGUCAUGUCAUCACUGAGAUCAAGCGAACUGAGGAAGCAGCAGAUGCACUGGAGCGUGGUGACUACAAAAGAUUUGGUCAUUUGAUGGUGGAGAGUCAUAAUUCUCUCAGGGAUGAUUAUGAAGUCUCGUGCAAGGAACUGGACAUGCUAGUGGAGACAGCCCUGGAGAUGAGGGAUGAGGGGGUCUUCGGCUCCCGCAUGACUGGAGGGGGCUUUGGAGGCUGUACUGUUACACUGCUAAAGAAAGAGGCUGUAGAAAGAGUUGUUGAAUGUAUAAAUAGUCGUUACCAAAGUACUGGGAACAAAGCCACCUUCUUUGUGGUGGGUGCUAGCGAGGGAACACGUGCACUGCAGUGCUAAUGUACAGAAAGUGAGAGAGAUUGACAAGGCACUAUGUCAGUCACAGCACAAGCAUCAGCAGAUAAGUGACUGUACAACAGCAUUGAAGACUUGAAAUGUCUGCAGAGGGGAGCUUUUCUUUUUCCUUUCUGUAUAAGCCUGCCUUGACCAUGGCUUUUAUUGUUUUUGUUUCUGGUUGUUUUAGACCACAAAAGUGCGGUUAUCACAGCCUCUGCAACGUACUCAGCAUUUCACAUUUCACAAAUAACACCAAAGGUGCAGAUUAGAAGUUAUUGAAUGCAACAGUUGAGAAUAUCAUAAAGAACACAAACGGAUUAGAAUUAAAAAUGGGCAGAAUUUUACGGUAGUUUGUUCUUGAGGUUUGAUGACAGGUCUUGUAUUUUACAGACUGCAAUAGGUCAGUCAAAGUGGCAAAAUUCAGAAAGUUGGUAGAUUGAGAGGACCUGGCAGUGAUUUCGCACUGUGACUAGAUCUGAAACCACACUCCUCACUGUAUAGUUGACCAGUAUUGCACUGCUUUGCUACUGGACUGCCCUCAGUAUUGCUGACCAUUUCUUCAUGUUUGGGCAGUAUACAUUGUGAUCUCAUGCUACAUUUCAAGGUUGGUCUUGCAAUGCUGAUUUGUAGAAUGCACUUGAAGAACAUUUGUUGGCUUAACUGUUGCCAGACACUGCAGCAUAAUUAUCAUUUCUUAGUAAAUGGGAUUAUGUUCAUUAUUUUUCUUAAUGAAAAUGCAAAAUCUUAUAGGAAACCACACUUGUUAGAGUGUCUGAACUGUCUAACAAAUAUUAGUGAUAUAAAUGCUUUGAUUUUUUUUUUCUCAUUUCAUUACCUUAAUCUGUGAACUAUUUGAGACUAUUCAAAAACUAAUGCAGAUGGGAAAAAAAAUACACUGUUAACUGUCAUUUUACUGCUUGUGUGGGAGGAUGUGUGUGUGAGAGAGGUGGGGGGUGGGGGAAGAGUAAGACUGAUACUUGUCAUUUUUUGUGCCAGGAGAGGGAUGUAUAAUUGAAAAAAAAAGUUACCGUUAGGAGUGACCUACAGAGGCGUAGUAUGUUGUGGCAUUUUCAGAGUUUUUAAUCAAAGCUCUGAGUAGUGGUCCAUACCACACAUUAAAGAUUCAAAACUCUGUUCUGGGGUUUCACUGACAGGUUGCAUUCAUUUUGACAUCUAGGGUAUUAGACAGUCUGCUACUUUCUUUUGCUAGCUCCUAGAGUCAUUUUUUUUAUGCUGUCAUUUGACUGGCCUUCAGAAUCUUAUUCUUAAUGCUGCAUGUCAGUUGAGAUUGUGAAUUUUUUUGGUGCUAUUGCACUUGCAGAGAAUACGAACAUAUUUCAACUAGAAGAGCAAAAAACAAAACUGCCAAAGUCACAUAAAGUACUUACUUGCAACAUUAGUCUGUCUCGACUUCCAUCUAGCCCAUCUUUUAGAAGAAAUUUUAACUUUUUGUUUAGAGCAGUUACAAGCUUUGAACUGAGCAUCAGGUUUUUAAUUGCUGGGUUGGCUUACCAAAUCUUGCUGAGGUAAAGACAACCUGAAUCCUCACAGCCAAAGGAACAAACAGUCCCUCAAGUUCAUAGUGACAAAAUGAUUUCAGGCUGCCUGGUAUGCAUUUUAUCUGAUCCUUACAUUUUUGUAACAGCAUGCAUGAUAUUAAAGGCCAGAGAAUGAUCUUGUGCGAAACCCACACACCUGGCACUUGGAAAUAUUAUGUAAAAGAUUUACAAUGACACUCAGGUAUUAUGUCAGUGAUAUUGUGUUUUGUUGGCAAACUACUGUUAAGCUAAUAUUCUGUCAAAGGCUCACAGCCCUUGGGUGAGAAAAAGUUGGGCACCACUGAUUUAAAUGCAUGCUAAGAAGUAUUGACUUUAGUUCAGUACUUGCUAUAGCUUAUAUACCAGAUCGACACCAUAAAAAUGUUGACAAAACUAUAGACUAAAGUGGCUUUACAAAAUUAGUCCUAAAGGGACAGAGAUUUCUUGGACAAUUGUAGGGUCACGUAUUCCUCACAUUGGAAAAUGUCAUCCUAUAAUAAGAACUACAGUUAGAAAUCUAUUAGGAAUAAUGUAUAAAUUUUCUUCUGUGACCUUUUCAAACAGGGUAUUAGAAAGGUUGCUUCUAUAAUCCAUUUAUUGAUUUAUGAGUACUGGAUAUUCAGAAGCCUGACAGUUUGCGGAUUACAUGGUCAAGUCUUACCUGCUUUGUGUACUUACUGUAAAGUGAAACAUUAGUGUCCUGACAGCAUUGCCACCACAGGAAAAAAGUGUGUUUUUCUUUCCUGAUACAGGAUCUAUGUUGUCAGCAAUCACAUAGCUGACUGGUUAACAAGACCGGUUUGUUUGUGACUUACUAACUUUGGUGAAACCACCAACUUUUGCAUGAAAGGUAAAGUAAACCAAUUAUUGGUUGAACUAGGCAUUACAAGUAUGGUGGCACAAAAAGAAAAUCUCUCCACAGAUAUAUUUUGUGUUUUUAUUCAUCAUAAUCAUUAAUUAAAGGUUUAAGGAAAUUUUGCAUAAGACAUGACAUGGUUGAACUGUCUACAUCUGUCAGAUUUCAUUUAAUCUGAUCUGUGCAUUUACAACAAAUGUCUAGUUUCGUAUACAGAAAUUUACUGUUAGUGCCUUAGAGUUUGUUGGCAGCUAAUUGUAGACAACGGACUUAAUGUCAAAAUUUGAAAAAUCAGUUCUAUUUAAUCUUGUUCAUAAAAUGUUUAUGUAUGAGUGUUUUAUUUCUGUGAUCUUCAUCUGAGUAAGAUGCAGAAUGGUUUCAUGUGUUUCUAAUGUAUUUGAGAUUUUUCGUUUGCUGAAGUUACUUUGGACAAGAUUCUUUAGUCCCAAUUUUAUGACGUCCUUUCAAUCAAUGGCUUAUGUUUCCUUCAGCUGUUGUUAAAGAGGAGAAUUUGUGAGGGCAAAAAUGUUUGUAUAGAGACCCCCAAGUCUGAAAAUUUUGAGCUUCUAUUAUGCUAUGUUUAACAGUUUCUGAAAUAAAUUUUAUUAACAUGAACA